AGACCGAACCUAAGCCUCUGUCAUUCGGGGGGUGCCAUUGGUUUGCCAUCGCUGUGUUUUACCUAUAUGGCCGUCCCCGAACGGCCGUGGCUUAGAAGCAUCGCAACACGAGCUAGAGCAAGAGCAGAAAAGUUGCACUCUCGAGGAGUGCAGUCGGCUAAGGCUACCGCAGCAGAAAGCAGCAACAUACAGCAAGUGCCGCAUCAUGUCCGCACCCGCAGAUGGAGCGGCCGCAGAUGGCGCACCCGCUGCGCCCGCGGUCAAUCCUCAGCAUCAAGCGGCAUCGAAGCGGAUCCAACAAACGCAAGCGCAAGUCGAUGAAGUCGUGGAUAUCAUGAGGACAAAUGUAGAAAAAGUCCUCGAGCGAGAUUCGAAGCUUUCGGAGCUAGAUGACCGAGCUGAUGCAUUGCAGCAAGGCGCGUCCCAAUUUGAACAGCAAGCCGGAAAGCUCAAACGCAAAUUCUGGUGGAAAAACUGCAAGAUGAUAAUUGUUAUGGUGGCGAUAGGUGCCGUCUUCGUCUUAAUCAUUGCGAUGAAAUUCAUGUAAGAACCCCGAGCUAGCUAGCCGGGUCGCUGGUUGGCUCUACGAGCACCGAUAUCAUGUAUGCCGUUACUUGACGAUGGAUUGCGAUGAUACACCGCUGGUUCCCGCUGGUUCACGAAGAGUAAUUCCGUGUAUACGACCGAAACGACAUCGCAAACAACUUGAAGACAACGUGUAGCUGGAUUUCUAGAAGGCACAUCUCACUCUCGUCAGGGCCUGCUAUUAUGCAUUCCACUUCUAGCACGACUACUUCAGCGUUCUUCUUCCGAUCAAACGAUAAAACUCAUUUACGAAAAUGAUCAUUAAUUCAAUCAAAUAAAGCUUCUAGCGCUGUUCAACGAG